GAUAGCUGAUAUCUUUACAGAAACUCAGUCAUGUAAAAAAUCAUUCUUUUUUAUCUUGGAACAGCACAAAUAAAUUCAACGUCUGCGCACUGUCGUAGUUUCACAAGCGAACCUACUCUUGUCCUCAGGGAGUAACUCCCCUGCCGAUGGUAGUAAGUCUGGUCCAUCCGCCUCAGGAAAGUCUCUUUUAUCCGCUUGUCGGAAAGUCUGGUCUCAUCCGCUUUGCGGAAAGUUUGGUCCAUCCGCCUCAGGAAAGUCUCUUUUAUCCGCUUGUCGGAAAGUCUGGUCCAUCCGCCUCAGGAAAGUGUUUUUUUAUCCGCUUGUCGGAAAGUCUGGUCCAUCCGCCUAAGGAAAGUGUCUUUUAUCCGCUCGUCGGAAAGUUUGGCUAUCCGCUUGGCGGAAAGUUUGGUCUCAUCCGCUUGUCGGAAAGUUUGGUCUCAUCCGCUUUGCGGAGAGUUUGGUUAUCCGCUUAUCGGAAAGUCUGGCCUUAUCCGCUUUGCGGGAAGUUUGGUUUAUCCGCUUGGCGGAAAGUUUGGUCGCAUCCGCAUGUCGGAAAGUUUUGUCUCAUCCGCUGUGCGGAAAGUUGUGGCUAUCCGCUUGGCGGAAAGUUUGAUCUCAUCCGCUCGGCGGAAAGUUUAGCCCAAUCCGCUUUGCGGACAGUUUUGGGCAUCUCUGGUUUAUCCGUUGUACGGACGUUGUUGGCAGCCGUGACUGUAUUCUCGUUGACGUUGGCGAUAGGAGCGAGAAUACGAAUUCAUGCGGUCUCGCCUUGCGUUGGGAAGGAGGGUCGUUUGGCACUGGCGGUUCGAACCCGUUACCCUUGCGAACUUUUUCCCAAGCCAAGGCCCUUGGCUUUCUUUGGUCUUCUUAUCCUUUGAUCCUCUGAUCCCAUUGCAACGCGAGGCCGCAAGGCUAUCGGUUUUUGUCCGCUCGAAGCUUUCCACUUCGGGCACUUGCCACUGGUCGGCCCGUCGUCAUCGCUACGCCUUCGUCUAUGGGGCGCACCGGUUUCCCAAAUUCAUCGUCUGGCCGCAGGCGUCGCGCCGGGUUCUUUGGGCUGCUUCGGCGUACCGGCCUCCACCGGUGGGGUAGGUGCUUCCAGGGCGCCUCCUCGUGCGACGCAGUGGGAGAUGCUCCCAUCGAGCGAUCAUCCAUAGGGUGAUCCUUCCGCGGUGACUGAAUAAAAUUCAACGUCUGCGCACUGUCGUAGUUUCACAAGCGAACCUAAACACUUUGAUUUGACAGUUUCUGUUUCACCCUAUACUUCCUUGUCGCGAAAAAUAUUUAUCGCCAGCCAUUCUUGAAGAUUCUUGGAUGUGAUAUGAUGACCCACAAAGUGAGCAAGAAGCUCAAACAAUCAAAAUCAACAAUCGAGUUCAUCUUCACCAAAAAUCUACUUUUCAUUCGGGCAACAACUAACUAUUUACGUUUAUACAUUCGAGCACCAAGAACAAGAUCGAUUUCAUUUUUUGAGAACCAGCAACUACAGCUUACAAAUACAGCUUAUCGCUAUCACAGUAGAGAGCAAUUUACAGCAGGAGUAUUAUUGGAACCCGGCUUCGUCUCCGUAUUCGUUUGCUUCAAAGUAAAACGAAGAGGCACGGCGGAGCACAAGGCAAAGGGGGCAAAGACCUCCGAGCGAGGAACCAGCUGGAGCGGGCACCAUGAAAUGAUGACGUCGAGAAUCAGAAUUGUAUACGUAGAUAUUAGAUAUAGAUGGGCACAGCAUCGCUAUUUUAUACUUUUCUUUUCUCAUUGCGCUUUCCACCGCGAUAUGACAUUCCUAUUCCUUUGAUCAAUUGCAAUAUUUUGAUAUCGAUAGUAAGAGUGAUGGUAUGAAUGCGUAAUAUUGCGUCACUGCAGCUCCUGCUGCACAGGAUUGCACCAGCAGCGGCUGCUGCAAGAUAGUCAGUCAGACUUUGGUUC